CUUCUCCUCAAGCCCAGUGGGCAUUUUCUCUGGGAAUCUGCUUUUUGGUUCUUGGCCUCGGCUUGAACGCAGCCAUACAAGUGUUUACCUUUGGUCUCCAUCGUCGCCGCAUCUACAGGGUGGUAUUGCUCGAUGUCACCGUCUUGACAAUGUCGAGCAUCCUGGUGAUUGUGACGAUUUCGGGCCUGUUGAGCAACCAAGACAUGGUCCAGUUCGAGUAUAUGAUAGUUACAUAUCUGGGCCUUGAAACACUUUCCCUCUUCCUUGGAAUCGUCGAGUCGACAAAUCGGUUUUGCUCCCUCAUCGAGAGCAGUUCCCACCGCAAGAUCAUCAAGGCCGUCGUCUGGCUCGUUUUUGCCCUGGGGCUGCUCUUCAUUCUGGUUUCGGGCUUUGUUGGCAUCCUGAUCAUCAAUCCAGGAUUUUUUGCCUUUGCUGAAACGCCAUACUACCAGAGCAUCUUGAAUCCCUUCAUGUCGCUAUACUACAAUUCCUACAUCACGGCAGCCUCGUUCAUGGAUCUUCAUUUCCUGUCAAAAUUUACCAAGAGCACCCACGUUCGCCUGAACAACCUUCCAGAGGGCAAGGAGCGUUCUAUUGUGUCCAACCACAUUGUCUUUGUGGUCGUGUGCUUGAUAACGAGCAUCGUUGCCUUUUGCAUCAACAUUGUCGCCGCCAUCACCAACACCUUCACUUUCAGCAACCACCUCAACUCGCUAACCCAUGCUUACCGUCUGGGCGUCUUUGUCGACUUUGGCAUCCACAUCUAUGAGCUGUUGGCGAGCGAAUGCAUCAUCAACGCCAACGUCCAAGAGCUGGAGCAGAAGGGUGUGUUUGGCUCGAGGGACCAGAUCCAAGGCCCGGCGAGGAUCAUCAAGACCAAGACCAACCCAGACCUCCCACAGGCAGUUCGUAAUAACAGCAUCCUCAGUCUGGAGCCAGUAUCGGUGGGAUCGUCUCAGCUUCUGGUUCCAAGCAGUCCCACAAGAUAAUUAACGGGUCAAAAUACAAAGAUAUCGC